AUGGAAUCCAACCCAGAUUCAGUAGCCUUGGCCCAACAAGUUCAGGCCCUUGCGGCCACCAUUGAAGAACUCACCAAACAAAACCAGGAAAUGAAGCUACGACUCCAGCAGGUUCAACAAGCUCAACAGGAAGAAAACCGGUCCAAGGGUAACCUAGAGGGAGAAGGGGGUAGCCACAGGAGAGGUACCCCUCAAAGGCAGAUUACUCCGGACGAGCAGAACUCAGAUCUCCUUCGAGAAAUGAGGAAGGAAAUGGACAAACUAAGGAGCGCCAUUAAGGAGAAGACGGACCGAAGCGUAGACAAAAUGGUAAGGGCUACUGAUUCGCCUUUCACCGCAGCGGGAGAGAAGGAAACUCUGAGGUCGUAUGUCAAACGAUUCACCCAGGAGACUCUGGAGGUGGACGAAGCCGAUGACAAGGUGCAGCUGACGACCUCCAAGGCGAGACUGAGAUCCAGAGAUCUCGUGGCCUCCCUCGCAAAGAACCCACCAAAGACGAUGGCGGAAAUGCUCCUGAAGGCACAGAAGUACAUGAAUGUUGAAGAUGCGUUAGCUGCCAUAAAGGAUGCCGAGAAGCCAGGCGACAAGGCUAAGAGGGAAGACGACCGUAGGGGGCAGAAGAGAGAUCGACUAGAUCGUCGGAACAAUGACGGGAACAGGAGGAAAGAUGAUAAAAAUCCUCGGACGGUAAGACCAUUGCACUCAUCCCCCAAUGUCCGUGACAAGAACAAGUACUGUCGGUACCACAAAGAUCACGGCCACAACACGAAAGAUUGUAGAGACCUAAAGGAGCAAAUAGAAGAGUUAAUACAGAAAGGGAAGUUACAGAAAUAUGUGAAGAAAGGAGAGUAUAGCAAGUUCAGGGACGACAAUAAAAUCCAGCAUGAAUCUUUUUCCCGAGAUGACGACCGAUCAUCCCAGUCUCCAAACAAGGUGAUCGGGGAGAUAAACACGAUUACAGGAGGGUCAUUUUCAGGAGGAUUGUUUAAAUCACUCAAGAAGGCAUACCAGAGGCAGGUAAACAGUGUCCACGCCGUACCCCCGUCUAAGCACAAACGAACAUACCAGGACGUGUCCUUCAGUGAAGGAGUCGCCAUGAGAGUGAAGCAGCCCCACAACGAUCCCUUGGUCAUAAUGUUGAAUGUAGAAGGGUUCAAUACCAGGAGGAUCCUCGUCGACAAUGGCAACUCCGCAGACAUCAUCUACCUCCCAGCCUUCCAGCAGCUGAGACUAGAUCCGAAAAGACUGUGUCCUUUGACUCUCCAUUCGUCAGCUUCAGCGGAGACAGUGUCUAACCUAAGGGCAUAG